AUGUCCAUUGAAACCGCAAAGAAGUUGGCAGCAUAUAGAGCUGUUGAUGAGAACCUACCACCCAAUGCUAAAGUUAUUGGUAUUGGAUCUGGCUCUACCGUGGUUUACGUUGCUGAACGUAUAGGUCAGUUACCCAACAAGGAUGAUUUUGUAUGUGUAUCGACUGGAUUCCAAUCUAAAGCACUUAUUAUUGACAAUGGGUUACAUUUGGGCCAGAUUGAACAAUACCCAUCACUUGAUAUUGCUUUUGAUGGGGCCGAUGAAGUUGAUGCACAGUUGAACUUGAUUAAGGGUGGAGGAGCUUGUUUGUUCCAGGAGAAAUUGGUUGCUUCUGCUGCCAAAAAGUUGAUUAUAGUUGCUGACUACAGAAAGCAGUCAAAGAAGUUGGGUGAAAACUGGCAUCAGGGUGUGCCUAUAGAAGUUGUGCCCAUAGCGUUUACAAAGUUGAUUGGCGAUAUCACCAAAUUGGGUGCCAAAACGGUCAACUUGAGACAAGGAGGUAAAGCCAAGGCAGGGCCUGUGAUUACCGAUAAUAACAAUUUCAUCUUGGACGCCGAUUUUGGAGAGAUUGACGAUCCAAUUAAAUUGCACACUGAGUUGAAGCAAUUGGUUGGUGUUGUUGAUACUGGUAUCUUUUCAGCAAUUGCCGAAAAGGCAUAUUUUGGGGAAGAGUCGGGCGAUGUAACUACAUGGGAAGCAACUGUUAUAGAGGAGAGUAAGUAG